AUGGCCACCUCCACUGCUGCUGCCGCUAAGAGUGCCUAUAGGCAACUCCUCCGGUCUACCCGGGUUGUCUUCCACAACGAUCUCCCAGUCCUCCUUGCUGCACGCCAAGAAGCACGCCAGAACUUUGAAAAGAACCGCCGCCCAGCCGUCGAUACCGGAAUGCAAAUCAACCAUGCGAUCGAGGUUGCGAACAUCCUCCGCCACAACAUCGUCCAAGGUUCGAGGGAGCAGGGAGAUGAAGCUGCUAAGUGGGAACUCAAUAUCCACGACCAGAUCGAACGCGGUGAUAACGACUCUAUCAAAGUUGGCGAUCAGGAUGUGAAGAUUCACAAGGCUUGCUCAUCAUGA